AUGAGCGGCGGACGAGGGCGAGGCGGCGGCUCGACGUCAAUGGUCAGCAAGGUGGCCUCGGCGCUCGGCAUCGCCCGCUACGACAUGCGCAACUACUGCCAGCCGGCCAGAACCGAGCCCCCACCCCUGUUCCCGCCAUUAUCCCACAGCGUGCCGGCGCUACCCGAAUCUGAUCGCCGUGACUACAUCGUCGCCUCCAAGAGGGUGAUCAUAGACCGGUUUCGACAAAGCCCCUUCUACCUCGAGGAAGCCGUUGACGAUGUGGACAUCAAGCGCUACACGGACACGUACCGACAACAUGGGAGACCGAAAUUGGAGCCCGUCUGGUCCCGACUGCCCGAGGAACUCUGCUGGCAAAAGAAGGGUGCUGAGAGGUCAACGGCAAAGCGAAGAAAGGACGCCGUCUCCGAACUCGUCAACGCGAAGCUGGCCGGCCUGCGCGAAGUCGGCGAGGACGAGGAGAAGGCGGUUGAAGCGGAAGACGCGUCCGACGUGGAAGACGAGGAGGGCCAAGAGAAAGAAGGCGACGAGCCGGUGUCUGAAGACGAUCUCGAGGAGGAUAACGACUACGCGCAAGAUUAUUUCGACAACGGCGAGGGCUACGGCGGCGGCUCCGACGACGAUCUGGACGUCGACGGCGACGUG